AAGUUGAGCAAGCUUUAAUUAAUGUAGUUAUAGCAGGCAUUUAUUAUAAAAAGCCAAAAGAAGCAGAAGACCCAGAAGAAUAUAUAUUAAAGUUAGCUAUGACAAUAUUUCCCAAUGAAGAAAAAUAUCAUAAAAUCAAAAAUGACUAUAAAGAAUUUUAUGGACAAGACCCAAAGAUAUUUACUUCUAUUAUAAAACCAUAUAAAUUAUAUUACAAUUUAGCUAAAGAUCAUUUUAUUAAAGAAGCACAAAUUGAUAAAGAAGCAGAAGAUUUUCUUAAUUUAUAA